GAAACCAUACCGACCUACAUCGGCGUCAUUUUCCAGCCGGAUGCGAAGCCUUAAGGGGCGCGAUCGAUGAAGUAGAUGACUUUUGGUUCGUCUUCGUGCUGCUACUUGUCAUGCCAGAGAAUGCUACAACUACAAUGCUGUAGUCGAUGCUGGUAAAAAUUGGUGUCUUUACAUGACAAAUUAGGAAGACAAGGGAGGGAAGCCGUUGUGCACUUCUGGCAUAACCCACCGAGAUAUGGAUUGUAAAAGUGUCUGGGUGUGGAAGGUUGGAACUUGUAAUGCUAGCUUUCCAUACCUAGAAAAUCUGUAUGGCAUAACCAACAAAAGUCGCAGCCUCUUUUGUACAUGCAAAAACGCAACUUCUCAUGCGGAUUGCCUAUGAGAAAGCGUUCCGGAAAAUUGUCAUGCUGGGUUGCUGCAUUCGGAACUGUCUGCAUCAUCCACAUUUUAGCAUCACAAGUUUCCAGACCCAGACAUUUUUGAAAUGCAUACGAGAUAUCUGCGGACUUUGCGAAAAACAAGUUGCGACUGCACGAAAUCUAUCAACUGCAAAUCUCACUGGACGUCUGCAAGAUAAUUGCUAGGCCACUUGUCAUGCAGGUUUUCCAUGACCCAUCAAAUCUGGAAUGCGGGACCUAGCAUGACAGACUCUGUGAGGUCUCUGUCAUGGCUAAUAUCCUGCAUGAGAAAUCCCCUCCAAACUUGGUCGAAAGUGGACAGCUUUUGCCAUUCCUGCAACACAGAUUUUUCUUUUUGCAUGAUUCGGAAGGAUUUAGCAUGAAGACAAGUAGUUCCAAUCUUCCAGACCCAGCCAUAUUUGCAAUGCAUAAAAUCGCGCCGAAUGUCGUGCAGUUGCCGAGCUAUUACGCCGGGGCGGUGAAUGACAAUCUGCCGACGGGGAAAAAGUACGACCGAUUGCACGGGGGAUACAUGAUGAGCGAGAAGAACGCGAAGAAAUAUGCAAUGAACAACCUGAAUCCAGACGGCAUUGCGGUGCUUAUUGCGAGUAAAAAUUCCCCCUCCCGCCCAUGCUGAAAAGGUAUACCUGUAAAUAAAAUCUGUCAUGCUGAUUUGUGACCACAGAAGAUCCUGUCUCUCUUCUUGCAAGAGGGCGAAGGCAAAAAAUCCGCCGCCUUAUGCAGGCGAUUUGUAAUGCUGUUGCGCUUACAUGGCAGGCCUCUACUAUGCGAAGCACUUACACCAAAACACCCCUACGCAGGCUUAUGCUUUGCCUGCAGUUGUGCCUCACUGCAAGACAGAGCUGAUUUGUGUACACAGAUCCCGCAUCAGAGACUUCCACUUCGAUGUGGGAGCGGGAGACUUUUCAUUUUGAUAGUGCUGAACGUCGGGGACACGAGUGGGUACGAGUAUGCACUGCAAAUAUCCACCCUGGAUGUCUGGAAAGAAUGGAAUUUGUGAUGCUACCUGUGGAUUCUAAAAAAAUCUGUAUUGCAUGAGCAGCAAGAGGAGUCCAGUAGUUUUUUCUACGCGGAGAGGGUGUUUCUCAUGCGGGAUAGGCAUUAAGCCCUCAAAAAACCUGUAAUGCUGGGUCAUGCAGAAUGUGCAUGACAAACUUCGCAUCCUUCCAGAUCCAGAUCCAGACACAUUUGCAAUGCAUAACGAGGGCGACGUGUUCAUUUUCAAGAAGUCGAGCGACGGGGAGACGAUCGAUACCAUACCGACCUACUAUCAAAAUGAAAAAUCCCCCCACCCCAUAUCAAAACGAAGAUCUGUGAUGCAGAUUCGUGGUGACAAAUCAGCUCUGUCAUGCUAGAAGGAAAGACAUGCGGAGGGUAGUGCUGGCUGGCGUGGGAAAACCUUGCGCCUUCAGCAUGACAGAGAGCCACUUAGUGGGAAACAGCAUGACAAAUUGCCUGCACCCGAGGCCACAACUGCGGCUCUUGGCCUUCCAGCAUUACAAGUCGAUUUGUGUACUCAAAUACAGCAUCACAAGUCUCGUUUUCGAUAUGGGGAGGACGGAUUUUUCCUUUUGAUACCUACAUUGGCGUCAUUUUCCAGCCGGAUGCGAAGCCUUAAGGGGCGCGAUCGAUGAAGUAGAUGACUUGCUGCGGACUAGCUAGUUGCGGCUCACGGUGGUAUUUGCGCACUUCUACGGUCGACACAUCGGUUCCGCAGAGACCGCCAGGAGCUGGGGUAAAUGAAUGGAAAUCUAUACGCGCGUGCUGUGUAAUAUAGUUUCGACGAGACGUCGGCAAACGAAGUGGAGACAAGCUAUAGUUUUUCCCCCACUGUGCUUGGUUCUGGUUGUUCCGGAAGAAAAAUCUUCAUGCGUAUGAACAGACAGAAAAUCAUCAAAUUCAGAAGCGGAAGUUUGAGGACGAUUUUGAUGAAAGACGGUUCAAGGGACCACGACGGCGGAUUUGUGUUUUUAAAAAUGUAAGGACGUGAAAAAGAAUAAGAAUCAGAAUUUCGUCGAGUAAAGUUAAAACUGCAGUCAAGCACGAUGAACAUCUUCAAAGAAAAAGAGAUAUGCUCGGAUCAUCGUUAUUCGUUUGUCACGGGAAUACCAAUACUCGUUGAAGGAGUUUCGUAGUAGAUGAAGGUUGUACUUGGUUGUGCUCAUUUCGUCA